AUGCCACCAACACAACAACCAAAAUCAAUGAGAGGUGGUGGAAAGCAAUCGUCUCCUCUUGCAUCAUCAGAUAAGGAUGAAAUUGCUGAUUUUAAGGAAAGGUUGAGGCAACAAGAACCCAACCAAAAACAAAAAACUUCUAAUCGGAAAGGAAUUAGUGAAAGGGAAGUGCUUCUAAAGGAGGCUCAACAACUUUUAGAUGAGGAUAGUAUACUUAUUUCUCCAUCAAGGUCAUUGCUUGAAGCUAUUGAAAAGGAUUUGGAGGAAGCUGGAUUUUCUGAUGGAAGUGAUGACGAAGAAGAGCCUGUAUUUAAAAGAAGUAACAAGGUUGAAGCAGUUGAAACUACAAAGAAAACCCCCAAACCAGUCGCAGUAAAGGAUUCUCCACCACAAAAAACCCGACCUCCUCCUCAAACAAAGUCAGUAACUCCAAAAUCUAUUAAAAUAGCCCCACAACCAGACCACAACCCAUUAGAAUUAGACAGACAAAGACUAGUUAGCGACAGGUUAGAGGAUGUUAGCUCUCAAAUUUCUAAGAUUGAAAAAGCCAUCUCAAUUUUUGAUCAAAAAGAAAGAGAAAUCAAAAAUCAAAAGAGAGAAGAAUGUGAAAAAGAAAAGAUAAUUAUUAAGGAAAAACAAACCUCUCUCGAAAAUAUGUAUUUAAAGAUUGACACUUUACAGAAAAAACAAGAUAAAGAGUUGAAGAUUUUAACAAGAGAAAAGAAAAAAUUGAAAGACCUAAUAAUCCAAAACGAGCAAAAAAAGAACAAUUUAAUCAAAGAGAGGGAUUCACUCCUAUCUAUCCCAACAGAUUUAAGGAGAAAUCCUGUUGAUGACAAAUUGAUUCAAAAGAGAGACCAGCUAAUAGAAGUUAAUGCAACCAUUGAGAGGAUUGCAAGCAAAAUUAGUGACAUUGAUUGUUAUCUGAAAGAGCUGGAGAAUGAUGAAUCAGAGUGGUUAGCCCAAAUAUCAACUAAUUCAAUGAUUUUGGAAGGAUCUACAUUGACUGAUGACCAAAAAAAGAAUCUCACAACAUUAAUAAGGAGAGAAAAAGAAAUUUAUUUAAGGACAGAAAGAUUACGAGAAAAGUUUCCUUUAGAGAUAUUUCUGAUAGACUUGAAGUUUGAAUAUAAUAGAGCUGUAGACGAGCUUAAUUCCAAGAAAGUAUAUGCAGAAUCUAAGAGACAAGAAGUUUGUGAGUUAAUAGACGAAAAGAGGAUCAUUCUUGAGGAAUUGGAGCAAGAGAACCUAUCUGCAAAACAAGAAUAUGUAUCCAAGAAGGAGAGCGGGAUUGAAAACCUUCAAAAUGAAUUGAGAAAACUCUCAGCUCUUGAGAAUUAUGUACAUACCAUGUCUAUUGAAAUAGAGGAAACAGAGGCUAUUCUUGCUCAUGCUUUAGAACUUUCUUCUGAAGAACUUGAUUUCCAACAACUAAGACAGUGUGUUGAUUCAUUCAAUGCCAAUUUUCUUGGGGAAGCAAUAGAAUUUGAUCAAAUCGGUUUCAAAUUGCCAUAUGAGUCUAUAGUCAAUACAUUCAAGAAACUCUAUAUUAACCAAUCUAAAUCAUUUAUAGACAUUGAGAGAAAGAGAUCAAAGGAAAGAGAAGAGUACAUUUCCAUGAUAAGGGAUAAACUUGAGAAAGAUAAAAAGUUGGUCGAGGUUGCCAAAGAAAAGAUAUCCUCAUCCUCAAUUGGAGAAGUUGAGCGGGAAAACUCAGAGCGAAAAAGGGGAGAAUUAGAAAGACUUGGUCAUUUUUCAAAUAUUGUCAGUGAAUUAGAGCAACAAAUAGGAGGAUUAAUCAGAGAUAGACAAGAGUGUGACGAAGAAAUAGAAUCAAUUGUUUCGCAAUUGAACGAAAUCGAAGAGAGUUAUAACAAGGAGAAAGAGGAAGUUGAGAAACAAGUGGCAGAUAAAAUCGAGAAUUGCACAGAUGAUGAAAUGAAAUUAACAGAGGAAAGAUUUGUUAGGUGUGAGGCAUUGGUUGGAUCUUAUUAUCAAAUCAAAGAUGUUAUCCAAAGAAUUGUAGAUACAAGCAAAUGUGACAAGGUUUCUCAAUAUGUUGAUGCCAGCAAUAAUGUUGAAAGCCAAGUCAAGGUAAUCAACAAACAAAAAAUAGAAAAGCAGGAUGAGUUAGAAAAAGCGAACGAAGAAAUUGAUUCAAUGAUAAACCAAAAAGAAAACCUUGAAAGGGAAAUUGAAAGUCUUGCAAAUCAAGAGAAACAAUUCGAAAGUGAAAUUACAAAAGAAAAAGUCUCAAUAGAAACAAGAGUUCAAGAAAUUGAUAACCUUUUAGCUAUAAUAGAGGAGGAUGUAAAAGAAACUAUUGCUGAUUAUGAUUCAGUCACUAAACCUUUGGAAAAGAGUAUUUCUGUGAUAGAGAAAGAAUUAAAUAACUUGACAAAUUCAACAAUGACACUCAAGAAACAACUUGCUGCCAUGAAGAAGAACUUAGAAGAUAUCGAGGCAUCAUAUACAGGCAAAAUAUCACAAGUAAGAGCUCAGAGACAACAUUUAAGACAUAGAUUGGAGCUCAAAUUACAAGCAGUAGAAAAUGUGAAGAACAGUGGGGCAGAUAUUAUAAUGAGAUCGAUCAAGCCAAGUAAGAACGAGAAAUCAAAUCCUCCUCCAGUUUCUAAGAGUGGUUACUAUAGCAUGUAUAUGAGAAAUAAGGAUCCUAAUUCUUUAGAGGACUUUGAUGAAGAUUUCUAUACAGAUUUAGCAGAGAGAGAAAACGAGGGACACGAGAAUGAUGAUCAUACUCUUGAAAACUCAAAUAAUUCACUGGAGGGUAGUGAGGAAGAACAAUAUGAAAAUGAGCCAGAAAUAACAAAGGAUCAAACACCUGUCACAACUGAAACCACUCAAAAAGCUCCUCAAACCACAACACCUAAAAAGCCUACCAAUACCUCUACCAACACAACCGUUGCUAAUCCAUCAAAUGGUGGUGUUGUUGGUGUUGCCUCAUCAAACAUUUCAAGAUUAUUGGCAUCCAAACAAUAUAAAUUGUUUGGGCCAAAUUCAAAACCUUUGAGUAAGGAGGAUGUUCAAUUUGUUCUGGAUAAAUUCCAGUUCAUGUGUAAUGGUACCCUAUUGCAUAAGAAAAAGUCCAAUACGGAAUAUGUAUUAAGGCACGUAUGCUUAUCGCAGGAGUUUACGAGAAUAUUAAUAAGAGACAAUAAGAAGAAAGUUCCAGAAUCGUUUUUGAAGGUUGAACAUAUUGACAAGGUUUCCAAGAGCAAAGAAUCAACUAACAAAAAUCUUGAAGGUGGAUUCUCGCUCAUAAUUAUUACUGAUAAGAAAAAGAUGGAAUUUGUUACUUUUGAUGAGCGAGAUUACAAUAAUUGGGUGGAUGGUCUUGGUUUGCUAAUAGAGAACAAACAAAACCUGUUCUCCUUGAAGUACAACAUCAGGGAUUUACUAACUAAUGUACAAUAA